AUGGCAGGCAACCGUGCACGACUUAGACAUGGCAGAGAGACCCAAACAACAUUAGCAAGACGUGAGUGGGCGUCACAACUGGCAUCGACACAGAGACGGGGUAGAGUACGAGCACCCGUCCAAAUGGAUGAGUCUGGUUCCUCAUCUAGAUCAAUGAGUCGUGUGGCUCAGGUGUCUUCUUUCCAUCAGGAGGUACGAGAGGAUGAGGAGGAGGUGAUACCUGAUGUUAACCCUUCGCACGGGGAGGAGGAGGAGGAGCAUGGCUACCCGGGAGGGCCUAGGGACACUUCCUUGUUUAUUUACUACCACGACCACGUCGCUCGCCGUGUUUGGGAGGGACAGGAUAGACUAACGAUAAAAUCCGUGAACCACGCGUGGAAGAUUUUUGAUCUGUUUAAACCAGAUGAUCAGUGGUUUAAUGAUGUGGUAUCUGGUUCCGGGCUCGACGGGUUAUGCAUGACCGGUUGGGGAGAUGACGAUCACCUUGCACGAUGUUCACUGUCUGCUCCACCUGUCGAUCAGAGGGAGGCUGCUGCACCAUUUCCGAAUAUAGAGGGUUGA